AUGGCUACCAACGAAUUCGCACCACUGGACGACAGGGAAUCUGUAAAAGACGAUGCUGGUUCUGCAUCUAAUGGCAAGAUUCGUCUUUCUUUCUCUGCCCUCAACCCUGCGGCUCUUGUGAGGAAGGGCGAUCAACAUCAAGAGGACACCCUGAGGAUCCUAGAGGAGAACAUUGGCAUUAUGGAAGACAGCGUGCAUUCAAAACUUCAUCAGAAAUACGAUGGUCUGCGUUUAACACGCGCAUCUAUGGGCAAAUAUGGCCUCAUGACUUCAUUAUUCGACCGGUCGAAAGUUGUAGCGUACAAGAAGGAUGCCAAGGGUCUCAACACGGAUACAGUUCAGUCCUCCCAAGACGCAAGAAGCAAUGCGAUGUGGAAACAGAAAGAAAGCGGAGCUGUGUCUCCUGAUUCGCAUGGUACUCCACAUACCAACGAGGACGCGCAUGGACGAAUCGUGAGUAAUGAAACUCCGAUUGAGAGCAAUACAAGUACAUCUGAGUGCAGAAAAGGUGCUCGUCCUGAAGGGCCGGUAUGUAGUCAUCUCGUCAACAUACAAGAGCACACGGAAGAUGACCCUUCAGAUUCUUCAUGUCCUCCUAGUGAUCAGCAUGCACCUUUGGAAGUGUAUGAUGCAUUGCAGACUGAAGACUUCCAUGAACCCUACAAUGGUGGUUAUGGAUUUCGAGGGUGA